ACCAGGGAUCGGUGGUCUACGGAAAACAACCAUCCCAUCAAGAAGCAAAAAUCCACUCGGCCCACUGAGGUCUGGCAUUUAUAGACACUAGACGCUAGACCACGCCACCUGCCAUACUAGCCGUGCUAUCUUAUUUAUUUAGCAAUGCCCUCUUGACGUACUUUACUGACGCUGUGGUUUUUUUUUGUCUCACGUUUCUUGGCAAUCUUUUUCACCUCUUGUUUGCUUUACAUGGCAUCCUUUGGAUUUCGAAGCGAUUGAUGUGCCAUAUGAAUAUUACGAUGCCUCUCGCUUUUCUUGCCUUCUAGUCAAUAUAUUAUGCUCACCUCUCAUUCUCUUCCCUGUCACGAAAUCCUCAUUCCGGGAAACUGGGAACAUGCCGAUUCCUUUGUCUCUCUCGUUGCCGGCGGCAGCGGCCGGCCUUGCCUAUCUAAAUGCCAAGACGGGAUUUUGGUACGAUAAGACUCUACUGUACGGCAGCAUCGCGGCACUCUCUCGCAAUUAUCGUCGUGAACGAAAUGAUCGCACUAGUACCUUCUAUAUACUAGAACAAGCGGCAAAGGAUAAGUCCUCGAAAAAUCGGCCAUUUAUUCUUUUCGAAGACAAGUCAUGGACGUAUGCUCAGGUCUACGAGGCCGCUUUGAAGUAUGGUAAUUGGCUGAAAACGAACUUCGAUGUUAAGCCCAAGGAUAUUGUCGCCGUGGAUCUUCAGAAUUCGGAUCAUUUCAUAUUCGUCUGUUUUGGCUUGUGGUCUAUAGGAGCGAAGCCGGCCUAUAUUAACUUCAACCUGACAGGCCAGGCAUUGAUUCAUUGCGUCAAGACGGCAGAAGCAGCUCUCAUGCUAGUCGAUCCGGAAAUCGCAGCGAAUGUAGACGAACAUGUGCGAGAGAAGCUAGAAGGUCUACGAAUUCAACUAUUAACAGACGAAGUGAAGGCUGAAAUUCUUGCUGUUGACCCUGUACGACCACCGGAUUCUCUCCGCACCGGUCAAUCAGCCAAGGAUCCCGGCAUUCUCAUAUACACUUCGGGGACCACGGGUUUGCCAAAAGCUGCCGUUGUUUCAUGGCGAAAAUUAACAUCUGCUGGUUCUUUUUCAGGCGGUUGGUUAGGUACCAAAUCAUCUGACGUAUUUUAUACAUGUAUGCCUCUUUAUCACGGCUCAGCUACACUUAUGGGAAUGGCGCAUUGUUUAGAAUCUCGCUGUACAUUUGCGAUCGGCAAGAAAUUCUCUACCAAGACAUUUUGGAAAGAGGCUCGCCAAUAUAACGCAACGAUGAUACAAUAUGUGGGGGAGACGUGCAGAUAUUUGCUUGCAGCACCACCCGAAAUCGACCCCGUUACGGGCGAGAAUCUAGACAGAAAGCAUAGGAUUCGCUUGGCCUAUGGUAAUGGGUUACGUCCCGAUAUUUGGGAGAAAUUUAGAGAGCGAUUUGGUAUAGAUGGGAUUGCGGAAUUCUACGGGUCCACAGAAGGUGGUUUGGCAACAUGGAACUAUUCCCGAAACGAUUUUGGAAGUGGUGCGAUUGGACGCUUCGGUCUGAUCUACUCGCAAAUCUCGCAGAUGGUAUCCGCUAUAAUAGAGCUGGAUUCCGAAGUGGAUGCCCCUUGGCGUGACCCGAAGACUGGCUUUUGUCGACAAGUCAAACGUGGGGAUAUUGGCGAAUUACUAUUUAAACUACCAGGCGACGCCGAAGAAAACUUCCAAGGGUAUUAUAAUAAUCGUGCAGCAACCGAGAGCAAGAUUAUUCGCAACGUUUUUAAGAAAGGCGAUGCGUAUUUCCGAUCGGGAGACUUAGUCAGGUUUGAUUCGGAGGGGCGAAUGUUCUUUCAAGAUCGAAUUGGUGAUACAUACCGAUGGAAGAGCGAGAACGUGGCUACUACAGAGGUUAGUGAGGCACUGGGUACACAUCCAGAUGUACAGGAGGCGAAUGUGUAUGGUGUACAGUUGCCACACCAUGACGGGCGGGCUGGAUGCGCCGCAAUCUCGUUUUCUAGGGAGCAACUUGACGAUUCGCUGUUACAGUCACUAGCCGAACAUACACGCAGCAGGUUGCCCAAAUAUGCAGUGCCACUCUUCUUAAGGGUAGGGAAAGGACUUACGAAGGCCGUUACACAUACGAAUAAGCAACAAAAGCACGAACUCAGGACACAAGGUGUUGAUCCUUCGCUAGUUGGCGAUGAUGAGUUGUACUGGCUUAGGGGUGGGACUUACGUCAAAUUCACUAAGAAGGAAUGGGAUAUUUUGAAUGCUGGACAAGUGAAGCUUUGAUUUAUUUAUUCGAUAUCUAUACCAUCUGAUUUAUUGAAGACAUAAGAGAGUUAGCUUGCAGUACGAAUCUACCAUGCAUAGAUACCCAUG